GAAGAGCGGCGUUUUCGGAAGAGCAGGGCUCGGCAGAUGUGCUGGUGGUGAAAAUGGCAGUGCCGUUUGUGGAAGACUGGGACUUAGUGCAGACUCUUGGUGAAGGGGCUUAUGGAGAAGUUCAACUUGCUGUGAAUAGGCGCACCAAGGAAGCAGUGGCAGUGAAAAUGGUGGACAUAAAAUGUGCUAUUGAAUGCCCGGAACAGAUCAGGAAGGAGAUCUGUAUCAACAAAAUGUUGAAUCAUGAGAACAUUGUGAAAUUCUAUGGACACCGAAGAGAAGGCACCAUUCAGUACCUCUUCCUCGAAUAUUGCAGUGGGGGCGAGCUCUUUGACCGAAUAGAACCUGAUAUCGGCAUGCCAGAAUCAGAAGCACAGAAAUUUUUCCAUCAGUUAAUCGCUGGCGUGGUCUACCUCCAUAGCAUAGGAGUGACACAUCGGGAUAUUAAGCCAGAGAAUCUGCUACUUGAUGCAAGAGACAACCUCAAGAUCUCAGACUUUGGGCUCGCUACAGUAUUUAAAUAUAACGGCUCUGAGCGACUGUUGAACAAGAUAUGUGGCACGCUUCCAUACCUGGCCCCCGAAGUCCUGAAAAAAAAAGAAUUCCAUGCUGAGCCGGUUGAUGUUUGGUCCUGUGGAAUCGUGCUCACUGCGAUGUUGGCAGGCGAAUUGCCGUGGGACCAGCCUGCUGAUACUUGUCAAGAAUAUUGCGAUUGGAAAGAAAGGAAGACAUAUCUUUCCCCAUGGAAGAAGAUUGAUUCAUUGCCCCUCGCCUUGCUCCUGAAACUCUUAAAUGAAAACCCCUCAUCCAGGCUUACCAUCGCAGACAUUAAAAAAGACAGAUGGUACACAAAACCUUUAAGGAAAGGCAUAAAGCGGUCCCGGGUCUCUUCAGGAGGACCUUCCGAUUCUCCAGGAGGUUUUUCUAAACACAUUAGAUCAGAUAUGGAUUUCUCUCCAGUAAAAGAUGCACACAGUGAGGAAAAAAAGAUCUGUUCCAAAUCCCAGCCAGAACCAAGAACUGGGCUCUCCUUGUGGGAAAGCAGCCCAGGCAAUAUCGAGAAAUUGGUGCAAGGGAUUAGCUUCUCUCAACCCACCCGCCCGGAGCAUAUGCUGCUGAACAGCCAGCUGCUAGGCACUCCAGGUUCAUCACAGAACCCCUGGCAACGUCUAGUAAAAAGGAUGACCCGUUUCUUUUUGAAAUUGGAUGCUGACCAGUCCUAUCAAAUCUUGAAGGAGGUUUGUGAAAAGAUGGGCUACAUCUGGAGGAAAGGUUGCACAAACCAGGUAUAA